GGAGCGAUGAUAUCCUAACACGGGUAAGAGAACCAUUCGAAAAAAAUGCACGCCAAACUUUUAGAGACGUAUGCGCAAACAAUCUCACAAGUCCAUUUUACACAAAUGAUUUUGAACUAAAAAUGACAUCCGGAGUUAUAGCAGAAGCAUUUUUCUAAUACGCCUUUUUUAGAGUUUUGGUCGGUAGACCUAGAAUGACUUUAAUCUUAAAUUCUUAGAAACAAGGGCUUUCCAAAAAGUUCUGCGAGAAUCAAAGAUAAUGAUAAUAGCCCUUAUUUUCACCAUUUGAACGCCAUGGCUCAAAAAGGGAAUUUCAACAAACAUACAGAUCUUAUUCAUCCUGUUUUAAUUAGUGCAGGAAACAUCACAAAAGCCUCUUACGAAACUAAACCCAAAUUGAAUUAUGAUUACCCAGUCAAUUACAUUUCAGGAAAUUACCAGCGGAAUGGUAUACAACACUAAGAAAUUGAAUACUGAUAAGGACCGACAACGUCAAGAAGUAAGCAUCAUUCAUUGGUCGAAACUAAAAGGGAUCAAUGCACGUGUUUGAGGGAUCAACUAGAACAUAGUUAUACUUGCAAAUUAUGGUUUAAGCGUAUAUGAUACGUUUCCACUUUCUUUUAGAUGUUACUGUAAUUAGUAUCUACGGUGUCAAUAUCCGGUAUUUCGAGGCUGCAUCAAAUCACUGGGCAGAUUUCGGUAGCGAUUAUACAUUCGUGUUUUGGGGUGAAUUUGGUUGUUGAUCAGAGGUAAUUUUUUUCUGUUUUCCCUCUACAAGUCAUUGGCUUUAUAAGCUGAACAACACCACGAGCCGUGAAGAGCAGAAACUUACAACUUGACGUUCUUUAGAUCAACUUGAACCUAAACAUAGCCAGGUUUUUCUGACUCUCGGCUUUAUACCUUCCAUGAUUUUUAUUGAGUGCUCGCUUUUUUUCUGCAUUAGCAAAGUAUCAAUAUCAUCGAAAAGGGUGCAGGGAAAAGUUUGAUCUUCGCAAACACAUAUCAAUUAGAGUGACACUUCGGUCAAAUUCGUUCUCUAGAUGAAGCCUGUUCAUUUGACCAGCUGUCAGCCAAUGCUUCCUGUGCUGGCCGAGCAUUUUAAAUUAAUUUACUGCAUGAGUUACAAACAAAGUAACUGUAUAUCUUCCUACCCUAAACGUUUUGGUUUUUGUGUGGGAAGAAUUGGCUUUUGUCGUAGCUUAAGUGGGGUUGCUUAAUCAGUCUGCUGACUAGUGUGCCAAACAUAUCUUUUUAAAUGAUCCUGUUAAUCAGUGUUUCAAAAAUGGCGUCGAAAGUAGGAGAUAGGCAAGCUGCUGCAUAGGAACACUUCUUUAAUAGAGCGUAUCUUUUUUAAUAUGAUAGACUGUACAAUUGUUUUUCAGUCACAAAAAAUUGAUAACUUACUGUAUAUCAAAGCAAAUAUUCCCCUUUAAUUUUAAUCUACAUUCUAACUUUCAUUUUAGAAAGAGAGGUGAAUAUAUUCCAAUCAACCAAUACGCAACUGCUUUCGGAGAGACUAUGUUGAUCUACUCUAUUUUAUGCAGUUGAUCAAGCAACAACUUCCUAUCGUAGGAGAGAAUGGAAAUUGAGUGAUUGAAUUAUUCCAGUGCGAAUAGCGUCAAAAGAAUGACGAACAGCACAAGUUCCAAUACGACAGAAUCAUCUCCACUGCCCUCUGGCUGCACCAGCAGACCGUUCACACCUGUAGAGAUAUGGUUCCAAGUAUCUUCAUUUCUGGUCGUUGUAUUUUUCUCGAUUAUUGGCAAUACUGUCGUGAUCACCAUUAUUAAGAAAAAAAGGAGCAUGCACACUCCAACAAACUAUUUCAUCGUAAAUUUGUGCGCAGUGAAUCUGUUGAUCUUGUUACACAACACACUGCCGGACAUCUCGGGAAGAAUUGCACCUCAACUAGGAUUUGCGGUUACUGGUUGGCCUGGUAAGAUUCUUUGCAAGCUGCAAGCAUUUCUUACGUCUUGUACAAUAAACUCCGCCAUCUUGACGCUCGCACUGAUUGCUGCUGAUCGAUUUAUUGCCAUAUUUUUUCCCCUGAAGAGACUAAUUCAUUCCCGAAGAGCGAUCCAGCUUAUCUUUUUGGCAUGGCUUAUCCCGGCGUUACCAGGUUGCAUCUUUCUUUAUGUCAAUGACCUCGUUGAUUACAACGGAACUGUGUACUGUAUGGAGAUAUGGGAACCAGCCAUCCCAAGGUACUAUAACACAAUCUACACGACAGCCGAUUUCAUCAUGUUUUAUGGCUUGCCUUUGUUGGAAAUCAUCAUUCUUUACAUCGCCAUCAUCUACAGGAUAUGGAUGCGAAGGAUUCCAGGGCACGUGACGACGGCCAAUCAACAAGUAGAACUCAAAGCCAAAAAGAACGUCCUCAAAAUGCUCAUCACAGCUGUUCUUACGUUCGCAUUAUUCUGGCUUCCGGUUAAAAUAAAUGUCAUGGUGGGACUCUACAGCCAUUCUCCCUGCGUGUUAACUCCUACUCGUCGAUUCCUGGCACUCUUUCUGGCCUGUGGUAACUGUGUGAUAAAUCCAAUUAUCUUCAUUGUAUUUAGCCAGGAUUUUAGAAACGGUUUCAAAGCUCUCUGCCACUGCCUCCCCUGCUUUACUUCUGACGUUCCUCGUGUGCACCGUCAGACCAUGGAUGUUAGCGGGAUAAGCUUCUCUGUAAAACACAAUGGUCAAAGUAGUCUUAGCCUGACAAAAUUUAAGAAGAUUGACGACUAGUGCAACUUCAACUUGCAGCUCCACCA